AUGUUACCCGAGAAGACAUUGACCUUCAAGGACAAUGACUGUGCUGGAGGGAAAAGCAGCAAAGAGAGAGUGUCCGUUUUAAUUGCCACGAACAUGACUGGCAGGGAGCGAUGUCACCUGCUGGUGCUCGGCAAGGCCGCUAAGCCUAGAUGUUUUAAGGGCGUCAAAACGCUGCCCGUCUAUUACGCAUCCAAUAGAAAGGCGUGGAUGACGUCGGAACUAUUUAAAGACUGGCUACAUAAACUAGAUCGCAAGUUCGCAUCAUCUAACCGUAAGGUAUUGCUUCUUGUUGAUCAGUGCAGUGCCCACAUGAAUGUGCCGGCCUUGAGUGCCAUCCGCGUCGCCUACUUGCCAGCCAACACAACAUCGGUGUUGCAACCUAUGGAUCAGGGGAUCAUAAAAAAUGUGAAGGUGCUGUACCGCAAGCACCUUCUCGAGCGGAUGCUCUUGUGCAUGGAGAGCUCCAUGCAGUACGAGGUGAGCGUCCUCAGUGCUAUCCACAUGUUAGCGCAAGCGUGGGGCCGCGUUAAAGAAGAAACAAUUGCAAACUGCUACAGGGCAUGUGCUUUUAGUGCAAGUGUGGCGGGAGUUGGUUCGUCUUCUCCAGCGGGGGAAGCAGACACAAGCGAGCUCGACGACCAAACUCUUCAAGCAGCUCUCAGGGACGUCACUUUCGAAGAGUACGUCGCCGUUGAUGGCACUGUUGAAACGUGCAGUGCGCUGACGGACAGUGAAAUUAUUUAA